AUGGCAAGUAAUUGUGGAUCCUGUACUGGUGAGAUUAUUAAAGAAGAAAAGUAUGUCCUCUGUGACAGCUGCAUGAUGUCUUUUCAUUUGGAUGAAAAAUGCUUGGGUCUUGCCGCAAGGGAAGUACGAGCAGUUGAGCUAAAAAGUAGAUCAUUGAUAUUUUUCUGUCCUGACUGUAGAGAAGCAUUCAAGAAGAUACCAAAUCUAGUCAAGGAAAUUAAGCUCCUAAAAUCUGAUCUCACAAAUGUAAAAAAAGAGCUUACAGAAGUAAAUAAUAGGGUCGAAACUAUGCAAAACAAAAUAGUGAAUCUUGAAAAUACAAUAAAUUUACCUGAAAAUAAAAAAACAACAAAUCUCGAGGUUCAACAAAUGGAGGAUGUUAUUGCUGAAGUGGAAGAUAGGAGAUAUAGAUCAAAUAAUGUGAUUAUACUUAAUAUAAAUGAAUCGUUAAAGGCAAAUCGCGGUGAGAGACUUGAAGAUGAAAAGCAGACUGUUUUGGAAGCCUUGGAGAGUGUGAAUAUAACAGACAGAAAUAUAGGCAUUCAGAGGUUGGGGAAAUAUGUACAAAAUAGAUGCAGACCCCUAAAAGUAUGUUUUGCAAAUCCCAAUGAUGCAAAAGAAGUUUUAAAAAACAGGAAAAAUCUACCAAAUAUGAAAAUGUUUGCUGAUCAAACUAUAAAACAACAGAAAUACUACAAAACUAUAAAACAGAAACUACUAGAUAUAAUUGCAAAUGGGGAUAAUUCAAAAACCAUAAGAUACAUAAACACUGUGCCAACAAUUGUUUCGAAGGGUGAUGAAAGAGGAAGAAAUCAAAAAAACCUUUAA